AUGGUGGAUGCGUUUAUGGCAUGGUCCACAGCUUACGGGAUUCCGACGGCCAUAGGCCUGACACGCACGACUCCGUUGUGGUCAAAGAACUUUGCCAACUUCCGCGCGCUGGCUUACUGGUAUCGGCCGGACGCCGCCCUACUGGCCUAUGACCCCCGACCCAUCAACUUCCCGCGGCACUCGCCUAGCGAGUGGGCCCAAGGGAAUAAGAGAACAGCCGGCAUCGGGACCUACAUCGGCACGCUUGUAAACCGCCAGUUGUCCACCCAAGCGAAAAAGGUUCACGGCUUGCUGUCGAACCUGCAGCUCGAGCUGGUAGACAUUGAGCGCCUCCUCUUGCAAGCAGAAGUGGAUGGACAAAGCUCACCGCAGGCGCUGAGGAACGUGGCUUGCCAGUGGGUGCUUGCCAACCGUGAUUCAGAGGGUCUUUUCACCUCCUUGCGCGAGAGUGCGGCGCUCUGCGCUGUUUGUCCACCCGGGAUGUUCUCAACUCCACUGCUGGAUGAUCUUGGGCAGACCUACACCUGCCAGCAGUGCGAUGCCGGCACGCACCAGAACCAAGCUGGAGAGACGUUCUGCAUGAACUGCGCAGCAGGCAAGUUUGCAGAGACACCAGGCCGUUCGGAAUGCGACGGGGCUCUUGAGCGAGGCGAAGGGUGCACGUUCGGAACCUUCUCAAACUCCUCCGGGGCGACGAGCUGCCAGUCUUGUGGAAACGGGAGCGCCUGGACGACGAGCCGCUACGCGGAAGUCCACGGCGAAGCAAGGUGCAAACUGCGACUGGAUCGUUUUUGGAAGUCAUUUGCAUUCUGCCUAGGUGAAGGGGACAGCCAGCUGCAGUUGCAUCCUGGCUACUUCUCCACGGCCACAUCUCCCGGCUCAAUCUUCCGGUGCUACGGCAACCCGGAGCGCUGUCCGGGCGGGCUUCCAGGAACCUGCGUGGCCUGCGCGCAAUGUCUGCCUGGUUUGCAUUCCACGGGCUCGGAGUGCGUGGCCUGCCGGGAAGGGGACUACAUGCUCGUCUUCCUCCUGGCUGUGAUGAUCCUCACGAUUACAGGACUCCUCCACCUUCUCUUGGUAAGCUGGGAAAUACACCGGCGCGGCCAGCAUGGCAACCUGCUCGUGGCGGGCCUGUAUGCUACACAGCUCAUCAACAGCCUACAGCUGCUGGUCGUUUUGAGGAAGGUCGACAUCGUCUGGGGCUAUCCCUUUGACAUGAUCCUUGACAUCUUCAGCUUCCUUUCCCUGGAGAACAUCUUCUUCUCCUUGAAUGCAGUGUCUUGUGUGACACCCCCAGCCCCAGCACUCCAGUUCUUGCUUCAGACGGUGAUGAUGGGCCCCGUUCUGGUUCACUUGGCCCUGGUUCUAAUGCAGACUCGUUCGAAGCGGCCGCACUUGAACGUUCUCGCUCAGACGCUUGGAUCUCUGAGCGUGCUCUUUUUCAUCGUGCUCUGUACCUCUGUGGUGACACCCUUCGAGUGCCAGUCUCACCCAAAUGGCCUCUUUACGAUGCAGUCGCGCAUCGGUGCGCUCUGCUACACUAAUUCGCAUUUGCAACUUUGUGCCCUCGGUGCUUCCUUGGCCCUGCUUCCUGCCGGCUUCCUGGCACUGUGUACUUGGCUGAUUUUGGUGGAGUACCCAAGGCGUUUGCAGCGCACGGACGUGCGCUUUGUCCGGAUGUGCUCCUUCCUUGCAAUGCGCUUUCGGCCCGGGGCCGAAGCCUUUGCUGUCUUUGUGCUUGCCCGAAACGCGCUCUUUGCUCUCGCGCCUGUUCUCCCCUCCGUGAAUGCCGGCCUGCUACUCAUCCACGUCCUCUUGUGUCUCAGCAUCUUGGCACUCGCGCUCUUCAAACCAUGGCGCUCCCGACUUGCGUCCUACACUGACAUCUUGGCCUCCUGUGUGUUUCUCGCCAUCCUCUUCCAGGGCAGCUUCUUCGUGAAAGCCGUGGACGGUGCGGCAGCAAUGGUCCUCUGCUGCUUUCUGCUGGUCCUCAUCAUUGUCUGCCUGGCUGGCAUUGGGGCACUGGCCUUGGUGCAACAUUUUUGUGGGAGCGCAACAAGCUUUGGGUUCUUCAUCUGCCACCAUAAGAAGUUGACAGGCAGCCUCGCGCGCUUGCUCAAGACUGAGCUUCAAGUACGUGGUUUCCGGGUUUUUCUGGAUGCUGACGACCUAACAGACCUGACGCGGCUCCUGCCAAUCGUCGCAGAGCAGGCAAAUCCUACCCACCCUAAGCCUUCCUUGGAAGACCUUUUUGACUUAGUCAGUCUACUUCGUAUCCCCUACAAUGAUUUCAUAGCCCAACGUAUACUUACUAGGUCAACAGGGCUUCCAAGUAUGUGCUUGGCGCUGCGCCCCCUAAACCCGAAACCCUCCCUAAACCCUUCCACGCCUAUACCUGGAGGUUCAUGGUACUUAACAACCCAGUGUCAACUGUACGUAACCCAAUUAUGGCCCUAUCCGGUUAUACUUAACGGGCUUCACAAGUCAGACAGAGCUACACCAAUAAAAGCCGUAAUUAAAGCCCUAAAACCCUCAACCCUAAACCCUAAACCCUAA